AUGUGCUUUCAAGGGGGAGGCGUGUGUGUCUUGCCGAGUGGUGUUUGGCGAGUUACAGAUCCCUCAAAACAUCUUGAUCCUGGUUAUAGAUUAACCACCAUUGCUGACAAUCUACCUUUGACUGAGUAGAAUUCCUCUUUGGCACUUAACCAGUGAACAAUGGCAAGUAUUGCCAAGUUUAAUAUUGAUGCCCCUCGCUGGGACCAGAAUACUUUUUGGGGGCGUGUAAAGCACUUUUUCAACAUCACAGAUCCAAGGACGCUGCUGGUGUCAGAGCAAACGUUGGAUUCAGCGAAGACAAUUGUAGAGAACUGCAGGGCAGGUUCAGUCCCCCCUGGAACCAGUGAGGAACAGCUUUUCUACGCUAAGAAGCUUUAUGACUCAGCUUUCCAUCCCGACUCAGGGGAGAAAAUGAAUUUAAUAGGGAGAAUGUCAUUUCAAGUCCCUGGAGGAAUGGCUAUCACAGGCUGCAUGCUGCAAUUUUACAGAACAGUCCCGGCUGUGGUGUUUUGGCAGUGGGUAAAUCAGUCUUUUAAUGCCAUUGUGAAUUACACCAACCGGAAUGCAGCUAGCCCCAUCUCGGUCAAGCAAAUAGGAGUGGCUUAUUUCACCGCUACCAGCACUGCCUUGGCAACUGCUGUGGGACUCAAUCUUUACACUAAGAGAGCACCAUCCCUUGUGGCACGCUGGGUCCCAUUCGCAGCAGUAGCUUCUGCCAACUGUGUGAAUAUCCCCUUGAUGAGGCAACAGGAACUUAUUAAUGGGAUCACAGUGACAGACGAAAAUGACAAUACUCUGGGAAAGUCCAGGAGAGCUGCAAUCAAGGGGAUAACUCAGGUGGUGGUUUCCCGCAUUGUUAUGGCUGCUCCUGGCAUGAUUUUAUUGCCUAUUAUCAUGGAGGCAUUAGAGAAAUAUCCAUUCAUGAAGAAAAUCCAGGUUCUCCAUGCUCCCUUGCAAACAGUUCUUGUUGGAGGGUUCCUUGUGUUCAUGGUCCCAGUCGCUUGUGCACUUUUCCCACAGAGAAGUUCAAUUGCAAUUUCGCAUCUGGAACCUGAACUCAGAGAACGAAUUGUAGCUGAACAUGGGGACAAAGUGACUUUUGCCUAUUUUAAUAAGGGUUUAUGAGUGAGAACUGCCUGGACUUGGUGCCUAUGGACUCCUGGACAAACACCUUUGUAGAGUGUUGUCAGGAACAGAGCUUGGAAUAUUCCAGAAAGAGCAGCACUCCAUCUCCUUUCUUCUUUUCCUUGUGUGUGUUUGUGUGUCUGGUUAUAGAGAGAAAUCUGGGCAAAUCUGAGCCUUUCUUUCUGCUAUAUCUUCAUGGUGACAAAUGUUUGGGUUUUAGAAUAUGUCAUUUUCUGCUUUAUGGCAAUGGUGAGAAUGCAUUACUUGUAGCCAAUUAGUCAGCAAUGGAAUUACUUGGAAGCAGUUAUUUCAAGCCUCAAGUCCUCCUUGAUCCUUUGCGGGCACAAAAUAUUUCCUGAACCAUAUUCCUCUGUGUUUUGAAGACCAUAACUAAGUGUCUCUAAUCCAAAAGGAACCUGCAGCUCCACACACAGUUACUCAGGAGCAAGUUUUGCGUAACUCAAGAGAGCCACUUCUGAAAAAACAAACAUAGUGCUGCAUUUUGAUUUAGAAAUUAAUUUUUAACAUCAGUUUAUCCUACUUCACCUAUUAUAAAUUCUUUUUAAUUGAACCAGACUAUAUUAUUAAAAUACACUAUUAAUCAAGGCAUUCAUGAUUAAAUUAUCAUGCUUAAGGUGCCAAAAUAGCAAUUUGUUCAUUCUGUAGGUAUAUUCUCAUCUACCUAAUGCUUUGUUAACAUUUAAUUAGUAAUAAAUGUUAAAUAGGAGCAAAUUCAGAACCUUGCUAGAGAGCAUAAUUAUGCAGUCUUGCAACAUACAUAAUAUCCUUUAAAUUAUCUAUUAGUUCAGUUUGACAACUUUAUCUUCAAUCAUGUACAAAUGAGCAGUAUUUCUGAAAACAGCUGGUUGCUUUUUUUUUCUGCUCCUGAACUUGUCAAUAAUUUUCCUUAAUUCAUAAUGUUGUUUAAGAAAUGUAGCUAGAACAGUCUAGCAUCCUUUUCCCACAAUGCACUGGGUAUCCAUGUCCCCUUAAAUUAUACAUGAAAAUGUACAAAUAUGAGCCUUCAUUUAACAGGAUAUUCUUUAUUGCAUGUUUCAAAAGUUUUCCUGCAUUAAUUAGCAUGAGAACUAUUUUUAUUCUCCUUAAAAUCAUGAUAGGCUACCUUUUGUGACGCAUUGGGGUUGAUUGAAAACAAGAAUUAGAAGUUUAGAAAUGUAUGUGUUUUUAAAUAAAAAGGAAGAACAUUUAGCUAAGGUUGCUAUUAAAAACCUAAAUUUUAUAAGUAAUCCACCAAAGUAGCAUGGAAGGGUAGGACAAGGGAUACCUGCAGCUCCUUAGUGUGGUUUAGCCAUUUUGCAAUCAUUAAAAGGGAAAUGAUGCUUUUAAACCGGAGGGAUUAGACAACUUGCCUGAAGUGACCUGAAUUAUCCCAAUGAUUACUAUACCUGUCUUUUAGAAGGACAGAUUAAGGCCAACUGAUGCUGUAAGCAUGGCAGUGAUGCCUCUCAUCCUCCGAUUGCUUAACUGACAGACUCAAUAAGCACUGAAAAGCUACUUUGUGCAUGGCAAUGAAAAAGUUAAGGGCAUAAUACAGGUAGUCCUCGACUUACAACUGUAACUGAGCGCAAAAUUUCUGUUGCUAAGUGAGACAUUUGUUAAGUGAAUUUUGCCCCAUUUUACAACCUUUG